AUGCUUGCCCGGGCAGCUGACAGACAUGCAUCCUCGGCAUCCAACGAGAAAAAGCAGUCUCCCCUGCCGUUCAGUUCCUCCGCCGCCAAUGCCCCCCGAGAGCCAUCGGCGGGCCUAUUGAAGCGGAAGUUGGAUCGAUCCUUGAGCACCUCGAGCAAUCUGAGCUCUCUCCAUCAGCAACCAUGGGCCGAUGAAAACACCCCUCCCAGCUUCGUUGACCUCACCGAUAACGACGAAGGACAGCACGACGUGCGAUACCCCAACCUUCGUCCUAUAGAUGCCGUCUCUUAUCCUUCACUACCGCCAAUUCCAAAGGGUUCUCCAGUUGCGCCUGCAAGUAGCGCCGAAGUUCCAUGGUCGUCCUCCCCCGUGCAUCAUUACGAAAACCCGGCUGCCCAAAGAGCGCUAAGAGAUAUACCGGAACCACGGCCGGCUGGCCCCAAUAAGAAAAGAGCACUUCCCGCGUCAUUUACGUCUCAGGUCCCAGGUGCAUCCCGGGAUGGAGAAAGCACAGUACAGGGCGAGCGUUCCGGCAGAUUCGAUAGCUUUACGUCAAAACACUUCCAGAAUGCGAGCAGCCGGGACAAAGCAUCGCUAGCGAUGUCGGAUAUGUUACAGAAGUCGACAUUUGCCCGUCAUCGAACAAAUACCUCACUUUCCAGGUCAUCCUCUGACCGCACGGCUCUGUCGACGACCCCCAAGCCAACUGAAACUGGUCCUGCGGCGUUUGACAGAGUGUCGGAACCUUUCUUGAGUGACGAGCAAAAGGCUGUAGUGAAGGCAGUCAUGGAUGAAGGGAAGAGCGUCUUCUUCACCGGGUCUGCUGGUACUGGAAAAUCGGUUCUUAUGAGGGCAAUAAUUUCCAAGUUGAAGCACAAGUACCGGAAGGACCCUGAUCGCAUCGCAGUCACAGCUUCGACCGGCUUAGCAUCGUGCAUCUUGGAAGGACAGACGCUGCAUAGUUGGUCCGGAAUCGGGUUGGGAAAAGAACCUGCGCCUGAACUAGUCAAGAAGAUCAAACGCAAUCAGAAAUCAAGACAGAAAUGGCUCCGAACCAAGGUUCUAAUCAUUGACGAAGUGUCCAUGGUUGACGGUCAACUUUUUGACAAACUCGAACAAGUGGCACGCACUAUUCGAAACAAUGGCCGACCAUUCGGUGGUAUUCAGUUGGUUGUCACUGGCGACUUUUUUCAGCUUCCUCCUGUACCUGACAAGAAUACUUCAGCCAAAUUUGUCUUUGAGGCAGUGACGUGGAACACCUGUAUCCAACAUACCAUCUUGUUGACCCAUGUCUUUCGUCAGAAGGACGAACAAUUCGCAAGGAUGCUCAACGAAAUGCGUCUGGGCAAGAUGAGUCCUGCCACUAUUCGAGAGUUCAAGUCACUUUCGAGGCCCCUGGAUUUUCGUGAUGAGCUCGAGGCAACUGAGCUAUACCCUCGUCGCGAGGAAGUGGAAAACGCCAACCAGAAUCGUAUGCGAAAACUGUCUGGUCAAAUGAUGACUUUCACCGCCGUUGACUCGGGCACCGCUGAACCUAACACGCGAAAGGCGUUGCUGAAUAACUUUAUCGCUCCUGAGAUACUGGAGCUGAAGAAAGGGGCGCAGGUUAUGCUGAUCAAGAACAUUGAUCAGCAACUCGUCAAUGGAUCCCUUGGAAUUGUCCAGUCCUUCAUGGAUGAAGGCACGUUCUUCACCUACAAGGAUGACGAACCUACAUUUCUCCUAGCACACGAGCCUGAUGACGGAGAAGAUGAGAGCGACAUAAAGGCGGCACGUGAGAAGAUCCGCGAAGCUAGGUUGAAGAACUCGACCACGGGUGGCGAGCCUAGAAUGCUGUGGCCCAUGGUGAGAUUCAACCUGCCUGAUGGGACGUCGAGGAGUAUGCUUUGCUCGCCGGAUGAGUGGAAGACCGAAUCCCAGAAUGGCGAAGUUCUUGCGAAACGAGUUCAAGUGCCUCUCAUCCUAGCUUGGGCGUUGUCCAUUCACAAAGCUCAAGGUCAGACACUCAGCCGAGUCAAGGUGGACCUCGGGAAAGUUUUCGAGAAAGGCCAAGCCUAUGUCGCAUUGAGCCGAGCAAGGACAAAGGAAGGCUUGCAGGUACUUCGAUUCGACGAGCGGAAAGUCAUGGUUCAUCAGAAGGUGUUGCAGUUUUAUUCCAAGCUAUCCGGUCAUGAGACACUGGAGAAGAAGGAAGUCAAGAAAGUCCUGGCCGAGGAGGAUGACUUCGGAGACGACUAUACCUUGGAGGAAAUGCUCGAGGCCGAGAAGCAAAUGCUGAAGGCGGGCGCGAUGUAG